AUGCUGAUAACAUGCCUUGCUGCUCGACCUCUCGUAGACAGUCCAGAAAGAAACAGUCUCUCACGUCCCAGUACCGGGCAAGAUGCUGAGCCAGGUCCUCUGCGUGAACCGGGGAAUCGAAGUGGCAAAAUAGGUCUGACCCAUCUCCGCAAAGAGGAACCAGCAUACUCGGACUCCCUGCCCGCCAGCUGUCAGGGUCGAGUAGCCGUCGGCGAGGGUGUACUGCCCGUCCUCCAGAUGCAAGCCAGGGAUGGCAUCAGAGAUUCAGAAGACGCACGAGUACUUGGAGAUCAUGGCGACUGUGUUGUGUUGGAGCUUAGCUUUCCUACCCAGGGACCAUGGAAAUAA